CAGCCCAGCAGGUCAUCCGGUUCGAUCGCCGUCGCUGUGCACAGACCCUUACCUUUCCAUGGCCUUGGAAGAAAACUCACGACCUCAGAAUCAAACGGGCUGGAGAGAAGUGCUUGACAAGUUUUCUCGCGUGUUCUCCCAGCUUUGCAGUAACAGAGAGGGAGAGAAAUCCCCAUGCCCAAGCAACGAGUGCCUGGUUCUAGAACGCCUCGGUUCGUGGGGUAGCAAAAAUGCGCAGAUGGCGGUUUCAGGACAAUCAUACACAACUCUUACGUCGACCACAGAGUCUCAAUCAUAGAAUCGUUCCCAGUAGCGACCCUAUUUCCACCAAGUGCUACUGUACAAGGCGCUGGAUUUACCGACGACACGGGCCUGAGGCACAGCGGUCGCAAGGGGGCACGCUUUGCGUGGCGCUGCUGCAUGAAUCACAACUUGUACCCCAAAGUACUGGGCCAAGACCCACUGGCGAUCUCGCAGCGUCAUGGGCGGGCUUUUAUUGCAGUUUUGGGUGCCUGAAGCACAGCCCUCGAGAAAAUCUUUUUGUCUCUUGAUUCGCUUCGCCAGGAUGCCCAAUGCGUCAUGCAUGGCUUCUUGUAGGCUAGUACCAAGCUGCUUCAGGCGAACUGCACCCUGAGAUCAACCCCGUCUCAUUCUUUCUGCGAGAGCUAUUCGCCCCGGACGAAGACGUGGAAGCCUGCGGAAGCCCUUUCAAUGUUCCCCGCCACCGCCAGUGUCAUGAAGUCAUGCAAGCAGGAGCGAUAAGAUAAGGCUUAGUUGCCCCGCACUCACCGCUGCCCCUGAACAAACUUUGGGCGGGCGAGGCGGGGCAUGGAGGGGAACUCAAGUUGCUGAGGGGCAGAAUUACCAGAUUGUUGAACGAACUUGUUCAUCUGUGCUGUUGAUUCCAAGAUGUGAAUAUUCCUCAAAAGAAAAAAAAUCCGUCAACAAAAGCACUUCAUAAAUUGGCUAUCACUGGCUGAUUGUACUUUUUUUUCCUCGUAGAAAGAAACGAAAACGGAAACGAAUCGAAAGCCAAUUUGCCGAGAUAACUGUUGCCCGCUAUGCUGAUCAAAGAGAGCUUUGCCGACGUGCAGACCACCGCCAAUGGCAAAGAGAGCUCGAUGAGAAUUUUUGUGUUCCACCCGACCAUCCCCGGAUAUCCCAACGCUCGCUUCCCAGGAGUCGUCCUCUUCAGCGAGAUUUACCAGGUGACGGGCCCUGUUGCUCGGUUUGCGAGGCAGAUCGCGGGCCAGGGCUACAUUGUCGCAGCUCCCAGCAGCUACCAUGAUUUUACCGGCCCCGAACCCCUGGCGUACGACGUGCCGGGAACAGACCAGGGAAACAAGUGGAAGAUAACCAAGACCCUCGAAUCCUACGAUGAAGACUCCAACCGAACGGUCGAUUACCUUCUCUCCCUGCCCACCUGCACCGGCCGUAUCGGCGCGACCGGCAUGUGCCUAGGCGGACACCUCGCCUUGCGCGCCAGUCUCGAUCCCCGAAUCACCGCCUCGGUCUGCUACUUCCCGACCGACAUCCACACGCGCACGCUGGGACCCUAUACGGCGCCCAACUCGUCGGCGACCGCCCCCUCGCCCGACAGCCCGCACACGAUCGACCAGCUGUCGCGCAUCCGCGGCGAGGUGGCGCUCAUCUUCGGCGUCAAGGACACGCACGUGCCCGACGCCGGGCGCGACCUGAUCCGGCUCAAGAUGCGCGAGGCCGGCGUCACCUUCAGCUUCCACGAGUUCGCCUGGGCCCAGCACGCCUUCAUCCGCGACGAGCUCAGCAAGGGCCGCUACGACCCCGCCGUGAGCAAGGCCUGCUUCGAGGUGCUCCUCGAGCUGUUUGGCCGCGUGCUCAGGACCGAGCUCGGGGAGAAGGACGGCGGCCCGCAGGAGAUCGAGCAUGUUUGCUGAGAGCCCGGGAAACUGACAUCCGGACUUAAUUAACCCCUCCCCUAACUUCUGCGGGUUGGACAACAGGAACUUGCUCACCGGUGCAUGAACCGGCAAGAACCCCAAGUUGGUGCCUCCACCAUUGAGGCUUCGCCAGGCGUUCCGGGAGGUGGCCCAACGCAACGAGUUGUUAUCAUGCAAAGAAGUGUUGCAUGGGGAUCAACUCAAGUCCCAAUACAAUGAAAAGACCCGAUGUUACCGACUCC